AUUUCGCGGGUCCAACGAGUCAUCGAUGAGAGAGUGCUUAGAUGGUUGAGAGAGAAAUAGAGAUCGACGACAUCACUGGACGGAAUCUAUGGCGGAGAACACAACACGGCAAGCGCCUUCUCCACCUUCUCCACCUCCGUCGUCUUCCUCAGGAUUCUCCGGUGAACGACAGAUCCUUAGAUUCACACCCUUCCAGAGCUCCGUGGACGAGGGCUUCUGGAGGAGACUUUCCUCUCUCAAGCUUGAUACUCUGGGGCUCGACCAGUCCCCGAUCCCCAUCACUGGUUUCUAUGCACCAUGUUCACAUCCACAAGUGCCAAAUCCGUUAAAACUCAUGGCAGAGUCCCUUCCGGAUGAUCCUCGCGAACAAUCAACAUCGUCUCAGUUGGUUAUUGGCAACAGGAAUAAAUGCCCGGUGCCAGGGACUCUAUACAAUACAAAUACGCUGGAGGGCUUCCAUUCUCUUGAUAAGGAUGCUCUUCUGAAGAUGGAAGCAAAGAAGAUUUUUGAUGAUAUUAUAAGCGGGAAGGCGGAUGAGGAUUGUUCAGUGCUUUCAAGGUUCCUUCUUAUCUCAUUUGCUGAUUUGAAGAAAUGGACUUUCCAUCAUUGGUUUGCAUUUCCAGCUCUGUCGCUUGAUCCUCCAGCAACCUUUGUUAACAUACAGCCUGCUUCAAAAGUGCUCAUUCCACAAGAGACAAAAUCUUUAGCAAUGGCGUGUAAUGAAUGGCGUAAUUCAAACAUAACAGCAGGUGUGCCAUUCUUUUUUGUUUUUAUUUCAUCAAAUGCACAUGUUACUAUUCGACCAUUGAAGGACUGGGAAGCUUUCCACCGUGAUGGUGAAAAGCUGCUCUUCGGUUUCUAUGAUCCAUGUAAUCUUCCUAGUUAUCCAGGAUGGCCUCUUCGCAACUUCCUCGCAUUCAUUUGUUUGAGAUUGAGGAUGGAGAAGAUUCAGUUUUUGUGCUAUCGGGAGAGGCGUGGUUUAGCUGAUAUGGAUUUAUCCCUUGUAGGAGAAGCAUUGGUUUUGCUUCCACAAGAUUGGAAGGACCCUCUUAGUGUUCCUAAAGCUGUAGGAUGGGACCCUAAACCUAAGCUUAUAAACCUGGCGGCAUCAAUGGACCCAAAGAGGUUAGCCGUCUCUGCAGCAGAUCUUAAUUUAAAGCUCAUGAGAUGGCGAACCCUUCCAUCUCUAGACAUUAAUAUCCUAUCCUCUGUUAAGUGUCUCCUUUUGGGUGCUGGUACAUUAGGAUGCCAAGUUGCCCGCAUGCUGAUGGCUUGGGGCAUUAGGAAGAUAACAUUGCUUGAUAGUGGACGGGUUGCUAUGUCCAAUCCUGUCAGGCAGUCUCUGUACACAUUGGAGGAUUGCCUUAAUGGUGGUGAGUUAAAAGCUGUUGCAGCAGCUAAAAGUCUAAUGACGAUUUUUCCAGCUGUGGAAGCUGAGGGUAUUAAGUUAGCAAUUCCAAUGCCAGGGCACCCAGUGCCUGCUCAAGAAUCAGGUAACGUACUUAAAGAUUGCGAGCUGCUUCAAAGUUUGAUUGCUUCCCAUGAUGUAGUGUUCUUAUUGACUGACACGAGGGAAAGUAGAUGGCUUCCGACGCUUUUUUGUGCAAAUGAAAACAAGAUUGCUAUUACUGCAGCCUUGGGAUUUGACAGUUAUCUUGUCAUGCGUCAUGGUUCUGGUCCUGCCCCUGUUUCCUCUGAUAUGCAGAAUACUACUAGCAGUUCAACCGACAAAACUGGGGUUGUUAAUUCCACUGUCACUCAAAUGCACAAAAAAUCAACAAAAAAUGAGGAUAGAGGGCAGCGUCUAGGGUGUUACUUUUGCAAUGAUGUUGUUGCUCCUAUAGAUUCAACUUCUAACAGGACCUUGGAUCAGCAAUGUACAGUCACACGACCUGGACUUGCACCUAUUGCGUCAUCUCUUGCGGUAGAGCUGCUGGUGGGGCUUUUACAUCAUCCUAAAGGGAUAAAUGCUCCAGGGGAGAUUUCCAGCUUUAUUGUAGGCAGCAGUGAUAGGCCCCUUGGUAUUUUACCACAUCAAAUCCGAGGUUCUCUUCCUCAGUUUUCUCAGCUGACGCUCCUAGGCUACUCAUCAAAAAGCUGUACCGCCUGCAGUGAUGCUGUGGUUUCAGAAUAUAGAAGAAAGGGAAUGGAGUUUGUUUUACAAGCCAUCAAUCAGCCCGCCUACCUAGAGGAUCUCACUGGUUUAACGGAGCUCAUGAAAUCAGUGAAUUCUGUCACCUUGGACUGGGAUGAGGAUACUGAUGAAUCUGGUGCCAAUCUGAAUGACUGAGGUAAUUUUAUAAAUGUACUAUGUUAUGAUCAUGCUGCUAAACAUUGUAUUGUCAUAGGAUACCAUUAUUUGCACUUCCUUAUUAACUAUUCUUUUAACUGUGAUAUUUAAAGGCAAAAUGUAAAGAAGAAAAGCUCUUGUUACUUUGUGUAAAUGCUCAUUCUCAUUAU